AUUGCGGGACUUGGAGAGCAACCUUGUUGUAGACCAUAAUCGAUACGAGAAUUCCUCUGGGGGGGGACUAUUAGGUUCUCAAUUGACCAUUGAAAAUAUUACGCUUGCAUAAAUGUUAUGGACUUGCGUUGGAACAAAUUAAAACACAUUAUUGAACGGGUUGCAACGGAGCCAACGAUAUCCUCUGUAUACCAACAAAAACACCCAGGCUUGCCUUCUGUUUUUAAGGUGGAUAUGUUUUGCUAGUACCUAGCRAGCUUACAUUGGGGCAUUGUGUCUUUGUAAACACUGCGUCAGUUGUGUUAGCUAGCUAGCUACCAAAACAAAAAAAACAUGGGACUCGUAUAUUGUUAAAAGGAGGCUGACUCCUUUCCAUUCGUUACCUAAACAUGAGCGAGGAAAGUCGUUCUUUCUUAAGGAGGCAGUUCAUGGCAAUUGAAAGACGGGGUGAACUUUCCUGCUGCCCCGACUUCACGGAGGAGAAAGGGACUUCCGAGAGAGAAGAUAUGCGACCGUGCAACGCUUGUAAUUUUACUUCAAAAUAAAACCCAGAGGUUCUGGAGCGAUGGAGACCGUGGGGAAAUUCGAGUUCAGCAGGAAGGACUUGAUAGGACACGGUGCAUUUGCGGUGGUGUUCAAAGGCAGGAAUAUAGAGAAACACGACUGGGAGGUGGCUGUGAAAUGCAUAAACAAGAAAAACUUGGCAAAAACUCAGACCCUUUUGGGAAAAGAGAUCAAGAUACUCAAGGAACUAAAACAUGAGAACAUUGUUGCAUUACAUGACUUUCAGGAAACGGCCAGUUCUGUGUACCUGGUCAUGGAGUACUGCAAUGGUGGGGACCUGGCGGACUAUCUGCACUCCAAGGGCACCCUGAGUGAGGACACCAUCCGGGUGUUUCUGCAGCAGAUAGCCGGAGCCAUGAGGGUGCUGCAGGUCAAGGAUAUCAUCCACCGAGACCUCAAACCCCAGAACAUCCUGCUCUCCUACCACACAGGACGCAAGUCCCACUCCACCAACACCUGCAUCAAGAUAGCUGACUUUGGGUUUGCCCGCUACCUUCAGAACAACAUGAUGGCUGCCACUCUGUGUGGGUCCCCUAUGUACAUGGCACCUGAAGUCAUCAUGUCUCAGAACUAUGAUGCCAAGGCUGACCUGUGGAGCAUCGGUACCAUUUUGUUCCAGUGUCUGACUGGGAAAGCCCCGUUUCAGGCUAGCAGUCCCCAGGACCUCCGGCUGUUUUAUGAGAAAAACAAGAACCUCAGCCCCAACAUCCCCAGAGAGACCUCCUGUCACCUGAGGAAUCUGCUGCUGGGUCUUCUACAGCGCAACCACAAGGACCGCAUGGACUUUGAGGAGUUCUUCUGUCACCCCUUCCUAGAGACGAGCUCGUCCAUGAAGAAGACUCCUGCUGUGACCAUGACAUGCUUUCCCAGCUCUGCUUCAGCAAGCUCCUGUAGCAGCUCUUCCAACUCACAUUUAGCCUCCCCACCGCAGUCUCUGGCUGAGGUCCAGCAGCUCCGCGCCAAAACCCUUGCCUCCCCUACCCAGGAUGCCCCUGGCUUUCUCCUCAAGGACUCGUCUGGAGGAGGCUGCAGCAGCAAGAACUCCUCUUGUGACACAGACGACUUUGUCAUGGUGCCCGUCCACUUUCCCACAGGUGAGCUCACCUCUGACGGGCCUACUGGGAAGGUGUUCCACGACAGUCUGAUGAACAGCGGCUCUCUACUGGCCUCUGGUGGCCUGGGCAGUCAGGGCAAGACCCCYCCCCACUCCCCCUCCUACAGUGGCUCCCGCAGUCCCAUCAGUCGGCCAAGUGAGUUCUCUGGCAGUAACUGUGGUAACUAUGGUAACRACGGUCAGUCGGUGCCCAUUCCCGUUCCCACUCAGGUCCCCAACUACCAGCGCAUGGAGCAGAACCUUCAUUCCCUCAGCCAUGAUGGCUCCCCACAACCGUCUACUCUGGUGCGCGGCUGCAGCAGCAAUAGUUCCCUGGGAUUCGGAAGGACUGGCCCAUCGCUGCCUUACCCAGGAGGCCACGGGACCUUGGCUGGGCCCUGCAGGCUGUCUGUAGGAGGGGCCAGACUCUUCCAGCUUUCUCCUCAAGCUCUCCAAUUCCCCGACACACGGCCUCCCCCUCAGCAGCAAGGCCUGGGCACCCGGCUCCACAGCGCCCCCUGUCUCCUGGAGGCCACUAGUGGUGGCGGCAGGCAGAAGAUCAGGAAGCAGCACUCUGACCCCGUGGUGGUCAACCUGCAGGCAGGCAAGAUGGCUAUGCGGCCCCUGCACUCCUCCCCCAGGCUGAGUGAACUCAUGCAGCGCAGCCCCCUCCCCACCAUCCUGGGAUCCCCCUCUAGAGCCAUACCACCCUUUGAGUUCCCCAAACCUCCCAGCUCCCCCAACCUGGUGACUUUCUUGGCCCAGCAGGGUCUGGUUCUGGCCCCGCCCGYCAGCAGGGCUGCCUCAAACCCCAGGUACCCAGGACAGCCGCCUACUGGCCAGCUUGGGCAAUACAGCCAGAGGACUACAGAAGACAACAAGAGCUUCGGCAGGUCUCAGAGUGCAGGUCGUCUGUCUGACAUGCUGCUGAUGGCUGCGUUUGGAGGACCGCUGGGGGAGCACGGCAGCAGUGAGAACCUCAGCUCAAACAGAGACAUCACAGGUGGGCAUAGUAGACCUAUUCACCAAGUUUUACCCUUCAGAUUCAUCCUCCCUGUGUUAUGUCUGAUGAGUUCUGUGUCUCUGUCCUCAGCACCCUCUGMUGGUGGAGCCAUGGCAGCAGGCUCAGCCCGCCCAGCKCAGGUGGUGUUCACUGUGGGCUCCCCACCCAGUGGCAGCAUCCCUCCACAGCCCUCCAGGACCAGACAGUUCUCAGCAGGCUCCUCCAGCUCCAUAAGCCCAGUGGGGUCCUUCACCAGCCGAUUUCAGACAGGUACCUAUCUGGACAGCUUUGAGGGUCCUUCCAGACCACGCUACAGCUUCACAGACCCAAUUACAGCCAACAUGGGGGGACCUGUUAGCUUCCUGGCCCCUGAGCUGCCAGAGGAGACCCUGAUGGAGCAGGAGCACACAGACACCCUGAGGAGCCUGCGCUUCACCCUGGACUUUGCCCGCUGUCUGAUGGAGGUGGCAGGGGUCAGGGGGGCUGGGGCGAAGCACGGGGACACCUCCCCGCRCUCCCUCCUGCAGCAGCAAAGCCUAGUGGCUGACCAGAUCAGCUCCCUCAGCCGGGAGUGGAGCUAUGCGGAGCAGCUGGUGUUGUACAUGAAGACUGCAGAGCUUCUGUCGUCUGCCUUGCACACAGCCAUGGAGCGCGUCAAACAGGGAAAACUGUACCCCUCUGCUACUGUCAAACAAGUGGUCAAGAGGCUGAAUGAGCUGUACAAGUCCAGCGUGUCGUCCUGCCUCUCCCUCAACACACGGCUGGAGCAUUUCUUCUCCUGCAAGCACCGUCUCAUGGACCACGUCAAUACCAUCACCGCCGAGAGGCUGCUGUUUAGCCACACUGUUCAGAUGGUGCAGGCUGCUGCUCUGGAUGAGAUGUUCCACCAGGGAGAGGCGUCGGUGCUGCGCUACCACAAGGCCCUGCUGCUGAUGGAGGGCCUGUCCCUGCUCCUCACCGAGCAAAACGACAUCCUCAGCGUCAGCAAGUGUAAGGAAUGCAUUGAGCGUCGCCUCACAGCUCUGCAGUCAGGGCUAUGUGUUUGAGGACUCUGCUCAGCACCCGUGAUGCUGCUAUGCUAUGAUGUCACUCAUUCUGGACCGGCACUACCAUGCCCAAUCAARCUCCCAACCAACUCCGUAUCUUCCCCCCACCCUAUAGUUUCCAUGGAGAUGUCAGCCGGUGGGAGMGGGGGGUCGUUAAGAAGGGCCUGUAGUCUGGACUGGGUAGACUCUGGACUGGAGGUUUCUGUGUCUGCCCCACCACCAAGCACUCUUAGSUGAACWGAUGUUGGAGAUGAAGGGCUUGUGAGGGGGCAACUACACACUCCUCUGUGUGUCAGACAGGACCCCACUAAACGGACUGACUCUCUGCAGAGCCACACACACACACACACAGCCCCUUACCGUCUYGAACGCUACCCUGACCAAUCACAGUCAAGCUGUCUGCAGGACGAUGCUACUGCAGUCACAGUCUCGCUCCAUUUAAUCCUGUCAGUAAUUCAGCGCAAAGCAAUCACAAAUGAACCUUCACUCCUAAGACAUGAAGUCUCACUAUAUAAGAAGCCACUCAGUGUAAAAAUAUAAUAUAMAUCUUUUUUGGUGUGUUUUUCAGGGAAACCAGAAGAGUUUAAGAAUGUUAACCCAAUUGCAUGGCCUGUCACAGCCCACUGGCCUGUUUGUGUACAUMUUGAGUUGUAUGUAGAAAAUAGGUCAUUUUAAGUUAUGGACCUUACCUGUCAAAGGCUCAGUGGCACAGACAGCAAACCUUUCUAGAUUCUCCUGUCUAUGGCCCAACAAUCUACCUACUGGGCCACAUUCUCAUUCUUAAUAUGGCAAAUGAAGCAUCAAUAAAGUGUCAUAGACAGGGAUAAAUAAAGUAAAACACUUCUGUAACAGCACCUAUAUAUGGUUCUAUCACAGGAUAUUAAAUAUGGACAGGAAAUGGGCRUCGCUGAGCAUUUCCCUUUGACCAGUGUUUGAUAUGGCAGCCAUGUUGGAGGAACAGCUGYAACCACAUACUCCCCAUUCAGCUUUUUAGUCAGAGUGCUUGAGAUGAAUCAUCAUCAUCAUCUUAAUAUUAUUUCCUAAAGUUUUACUAAACCAGUAAAAAGCCAGGAAUAUCACUUUGUAGACGAAUUAGACAAAGGAAUAUUGCCCAAAUUGGAAAAGAAACCAAUUACCACUGAUCUCUGACCAAACAUGUGAGAAUUAGUUGAGCUUUAUUUAUUUCAUAUUUUCCCAUUCAAACCUCUUAUGGAGUACAGACGUCACAAUCAGUUUCAAUGUAGGUCUGCUUGUAAAACUUGCAGUAUAGUUGCCGGACUGGACUACACCUGUCAAUGACUACUGGUGUUAUUGCACUGUGUUGAGGUUUAUCAGUACUGUACAGAAAGAAGAGGGCGGGGGGGUGAGUUAUAAGAUGUACAUGAAACAUAUAUGUUCAGUUUUUCAUGUACAUGCUUGGAGAGAAUUUUGUUUUGGGAGUUAUUUCUAUGUUUUUUAUUGUAGUUUUAGGCAGUUUUGUGUUAGCUUUAUUCAUUGUCAGAUGUUGAAGUGUGAUGGUUGUCUUAAUCUUGAAAACAGGGAAAUGUCAUAAGCUAUUAAACUUUGAAAGGUGCCUUUGAAGAAGAAGGGAAAAAAMAAGAAAAAUGCUAAAUGUGUAAACUGAAAAAAUAUUUUUGUUGUAUUGAGUAGRCAAACUGAGGAGUGAUGCUUGUGUUGGAUUUUGAAAAGCAGUACAGUUUAUUGAAUUGUAGUGGAUCGGUUGUGUAAUUUAUAUUAGAGGUGGGUGGAUAUUUCCCUAACCACAGCUUGUAUCCUCAACAAUAACCAAUAGGGGAUGGACAAAAUAUCUCACUGUGCAAUGGACCGGUGGUUAGAGGCAACCUAUAUGCACUCGAAGAAGUUUGUGUGUUUUGUGUAUGCAUUUGUGUGAAACUGUUUGAAAGAGUGAAUGAAUGGCUUUUAUAUUUCCUCARUACAGGMAACUAACAGAAACAAGAGCGGGGGAGCAUUUUCCSCUGUGAAGAUUGUCUGAAUAUUCUGGUUUGCCCAUAGAUGCUUUCUUGCCUUUUUCCUUUCACCAGUCAGCAAAAUAUACCAAAAAAUAAAUCACUKUGAAAUUCUGCUGCACAAGCAUACAGAGUUAAAUGUCUAGUUUAUAUUAUACAUCCUAGAUGAAUGAUGUGGUCAUGUCUAGUGACUCAUAUGASUUUCAUCACCUUAUCAGUUGUUAUAAAAUGGGAAAUGUUCAAUGACUGGCUGGUAGCAAGGCAAUGGUAGACCUUUUAGUUUUUUAUAUACAUGUGUCACGUGUGUCACUAUAUACAUGUGUAUAUACAUGCAGCCAUCCUAAUGUGUAAGAAUCUAAAGCAACACAUGURAUGUAAGUCACUCUGUAGAAGAAUGACAACUUACAAGGCGGGUUGAUUGAAAAGGCCCAUGAAGUAAAAGCUUGAUCUGCACUCCAGUGCUUGCUUACGUGACACUAAUGAUAUCACUGAAAACAAGGUUUUGCCAACUUAAGACGUUUGCAGUUUUGCUUUUGGCUUUAUAAAUGCAGUACACCUGAAAGUUUCUUCCACACUGCUGAUUUGAAUAUUGACCAUACUAUCUCAGUAUCACUUGUACAUAAGAAUAGUAAAUGAAGUUAUUUCUCUGAAUGUGUGUAUAUAUAACAAAGCAUGGACAGAAUUUCCCCACCCAUCCAAAGAAAAGUAUUAGAAAUAGAAACUUUCCCUACUAUCAAUUCUAGACUGUUGUUGGAGCUAUAUCUCUGACUGUACAUUUAAGCCUGUAAAAAGGGGGGGAAAAACUAUACACUAUUACAAUGUCUGUGAACAUUUCURGUUUGAAAGGCACUGCAGAAAUAAAAUUGUGAAAGGAA